AAAACCAACACAAAGAGAAUAAAGAAUUCUUACAGCAGCAUGAGAUUGAAGUUUCCUCCGUAGGACCUGCUGAAUCACUCCUCCAACCAUUUCAGUCUAUAUUCUGAAAAAUGAUUCCCAAGAAUAAUAAACACACAGCAAUAAAAAUAAUAAUAACACAAGAGAUUCAAAUACAAACGAAACCCAAAAGCAAAAUCCUGGAAAACCUGAAUUCAAUUCAGAAUUCUCCAGUCAGAACCCAUGACCCGAUUUCAUCAUCUGAAUUCUUGACGAGAAAUCUAAGCAAAACUCUUUCGGGUAUUUUUUUUUUUUUUACUGAAUGGACAUCCUCUUCGCUCAGAUCCAGGCGGACCUCCACUCUAAUGAUGCCCUGCGCCAGUCAAGCGCCCUGUUGCUAGCUCUCCAGCAAUCCGCUGCCGGUCGUGACAUUUCCGUUAUUGCUAAGUCCGCUGUUGAGGAGAUCGUUGCUGCUCCGGCUUCUGCCGUCUGUAAAAAGCUCGCCUUUGACCUUAUCCGCUCCACACGGCUCACUGCUGACCUCUGGGAGUCUGUCUCCACCGGUAUCCGUUCCGACCUUCGCUUUCCUGAUCCCGAUGUAACCGCCGCCGCGCUCUCUAUCCUUGCUGCAAUCCCGUCCUACGCACUUGCCAAGCUUAUUUCUGAGUGUAAUGCUGAGAUCUCUGCAUGCUUUGACUCCCCUAGCGAUAACCUUCGGUUUUCCAUCACUGAAACUCUCGGCUGCAUUCUCGCCCGUGAUGACCUCGUCACGCUCUGUGAGAAUAAUGUAAGCAUCCUUGAUAAGGUCUCCGCGUGGUGGUUUCGCAUUGCCAACAACAUGCUGGAUAAGUCGGACAAUGUCUCGAAAGUCGCCUUUGAGUCAAUAGGAAGAUUGUUCCAAGAAUUUGAUUCCAAGAGAAUGAGCCGAUUAGCAGGCGAUAAGCUUGUAGACAGCGAGAAUUCUCUCGCGAUUCGGUCGAAUUGGGUCUCCUCUAUGGUGGAUUUUGUGUGGAAGAAGAGGAGUGCAUUGAUGGCAAGGUCAUUGAUCCUUCCGGUGGAGACCUUUCGUGCCACUGUGUUUCCGCUGGUGUAUGCAGUUAAGGCUGUGGCCUCCGGUAGGGUGGAGGUGAUCAAGAAGCUUUCAAAAUCUUCCAAAGAAAAUGGGGGCGUGGAUUCAACUGCAGAGAAGCUGGUUGGAGUUUCAGAUUUGGUGACGCAUUUGGCACCGUUCCUGGCUUCUUCUUUGGAUCCGGCAUUGAUUUUUGACGUGGGGAUUAAUAUGUUGUACUUGGCUGAUGUGCCCGGAGGGAAGCCAGAGUGGGCUUCAGAGUCAAUUAUAGCCAUUUUGACGCUUUGGGAUAGGCAGGAAUUCGCUUCUGCUAGAGAGGGUAUUGUUAGGGCUGUUGUCACCAACCUUCAUUUACUUGAUCUUCAUAUGCAGGUUUCAUUGUUUAAGAGACUGCUUGUUAUGGUGAGAAACCUGAGAGCUGAAUCAGACCGCAUGCAUGCCUUAGCCUGUAUCUGUCGGACAGCAUUAUGUGUUGACCUAUUUGCGAAAGAAAGUGUCCGAAGAGGUCAGAAGCCUCUAGCAGGAACUGACAUUGCUUCUCUAUUCGAGGAUGCAAGGAUAAGAGAUGAUCUGAAUAGUGUUUCAAGUAAAAGCUUGUUUAGGGAGGAGUUGGUUGCAACUCUUGUAGAAAGUUGCUUCCAGUUGUCUCUACCUUUGCCUGAACAAAAGAACUCAGGUAUGGAGAGCAGGGUGAUAGGAGCCUUGACAUAUGGAACAGGUUAUGGUGCACUAAAUUGGACAGAGCCAGCUUUGGAAGUGGUUGAAGUUUGCAGGCCCUGUGUCAAAUGGGAUUGUGAUGGCAGGACUUAUGCAAUUGAUUGCUAUUUGAAGCUACUUGUUAGGCUCUGCCAUAUUUAUGAUACUAGGGGAGGUGUAAAAAAAGUUAAAGAUGGGGCUUCUCAAGAUCAAAUCUUAAAUGAGACAAGGUUGCAGAACUUGCAAAGGAACCUUGUAAAAGAUCUUCGUGAGGUGAAUACCCCAAGAAUAUGUGCCCGUCUUAUUUGGGCAAUUUCAGAACAGAUAGAUAUAGAAGGUCUUGAUCCACUUCUUGCUGAUGACCCUGAGGAUCCUCUAAAUAUUAUUGUGUCAAAUAUUCACAAAGUUCUCUUCAACAUAGAUUCAUCUGCAAAUACAACAAAUAGGCUUCAAGAUGUUCAGGCGGUUCUUCUAUGUGCUCAGCGACUGGGCUCGCGUCACCCUAGGGCUGGGCAGUUACUAACAAAGGAGCUUGAAGAGUUCAGAAACAGUACAUUGGCCGAUUCUGUUAACAAGCAUCAGUCCCGUUUUAUAUUACAGAGAAUUAAGUAUGUUUCCAGUCAUCCUGAUAACAGAUGGGCUGGGGUUAGUGAAGCGAGAGGAGAUUACCCAUUUAGCCAUCACAAACUUACUGUACAGUUUUAUGAAGCAUCCGCUGCUCAAGAUAGAAAAUUGGAAGGAUUAGUUCACAAAGCUAUUUUAGAGCUAUGGAGGCCAGACCCAAGUGAAUUAAACCUUUUACUGACGAAGGGCAUUGACUCUACAUCCCACAAGGUUGCUCCAGUUCCACAUACUUUGACUGGUAGCAGUGAUCCUUGCUAUGUUGAGGCUUACCAUUUGUCUGAUGCCGGGGAUGGAAGAAUCACUCUGCAUCUUAAGGUUUUAAAUCUGACUGAACUAGAAUUAAAACGGGUGGAUAUUCGGGUUGGGUUAUCUGGUUCCUUAUAUUUUAUGAAUGGGUCUCCUCAAGCCGUUUGGCAGUUGCGUAAUCUUGUUUCUCAGGAUCCUGUUCUCUGCAGUGUGACAGUCGGUGUCUCCCAUUUUGAAAGAUGUGGCUUUUGGGUUCAGGUAUUGUACUACCCAUUCUAUGGUAGUGGUGCUGUAGGAGAUUAUGAAGGUGAUUAUGCUGAAGAGGAUCCUCAAAUCAUGAGACAAAAGAGGAGCUUAAGGCCAGAACUUGGAGAACCUGUGAUUUUGAGAUGCCAGCCCUACAAAAUUCCGCUCACUGAUCUUCUUUUGCCCCAUAAAAUUUCACCAGUUGAAUUUUUCCGUCUUUGGCCCAGUUUACCAGCUAUUGUAGAGCAUACUGGUACAUAUAUCUAUGAAGGAAGUGGCUUUAAGGCUACUGCUGCACAGCAAUAUGGGUCUUCUCCUUUCCUGAGUGGACUGAAAUCAUUGUCUCUCAAGCCUUUUCACAGGGUUUGUUCACACAUCAUCAGAACAGUAGCUGGAUUUCAGCUUUGUUAUGCUGCAAAAACUUGGCAUGGGGGCUUCUUGGGCAUGAUGAUUUUUGGAUCCAGUGAAGUGAGCAGAAACGUGGAUCUGGGUGACGAAACAACAACAAUGAUUUGCAAAUUUGUAGUUCGAGCUUCUGAUGCAUCAAUUACAAAACAGAUUGAAUCAGAUCCACAAGGCUGGUUGGAUGACCUGACUGAUGGGUGUGUAGAAUACAUGCCCGAAGAUGAAGUGAAGGUGGCUGCUGCUGAGAGGCUUAGAAUUUCAAUGGAGCGGAUAGCCUUGUUGAAGGCUGCCCAGCCACGGCCAAAAACUCCAAAAUCUGAUGAUGAAGAGGAUGAAGAGAAAGAAGAGGAAGACGAAGAGAAGAAAAAGGAGAAGGAAAACGACGAAAAAGAUAAACCUAAGGGACCUACCACCCUCUCCAAGAUAACAGCUGAGGAAGCUGAACACCGUGCUCUUCAAGCAGCUGUGCUCCAGGAGUGGCACAUGCUAUGUAAAGAUAGGAAAGGUUAAUUAACGCCUAUCUUCCCUUUAUUUUUAAAUGAAGGAGCACCAUAAAUAUUAUUUCUACUGUAUUUUGUUUAGAAAUGCCUUAGGUAGGUGUUGACAAAUUUGAUUAGAGUCUCCUUUUUUUCUUUUGUUUUCCUUCUUCUCCAUCUGCUCCAUUCCACGAUUGGGUAUUCCUUGUACAUCUUGUACCGGCUUUUCUGUUCAUUAUGAGAUACUAGUUUCUUUGUGGAACAAAUAUAGUUUAGUGUGAGAGGAGGUUAGCAUGUACAAUACAUAGUGGUACUUAAA